AUGUCCACAAUCGUCGCCGUCUUCAAAGGGUUGGCCGAAGACAUUGAGGGCGAAGUCGUCCAAAUCAAUUGGAAUCGCAAAAAGUUGGGCGAAUUUUUCCAAACCAAAUACGAUUGGGAUCUAUUGGCCGCGCGCUCUAUUUGGGCGUUCGGUCCCGAACAGAGCGGACCCAACAUCUUAGUGGACGACACACUGCCGUCGGAAGUCGAUAAGAAUCUGUUGGUUGCCGUUAAGGACUCGAUAGUGCAGGGCUUUCAAUGGGCUUCGCGUGAGGGCCCGCUCUGUGAGGAACCGAUUCGUAACGUUAAGUUCAAAAUAUUGGAUGCCGUGGUCUCCGGGGAACCGGCGGCCAGAGGUGGCGGACAGUUAAUACCCACGUCUCGACGGGUGGCGUAUUCGGCAUUCUUGAUGGCAACGCCUCGACUUAUGGAACCCUAUAAUUUCGUGGAAGUGUUGGCUCCGGCCGACUGUGUUUCGGCUGUUUAUACCGUAUUGGCUAAACGCAGGGGACAUAUCACUCAAGACAUACCGGUUCCCGGCUCUCCACUCUAUACAGUCAAAGCAUUCAUUCCCGCAAUCGAUUCGUUUGGCUUCGAAACAGACCUGAGAACCCAUACUCAGGGACAGGCGUUUUGUCUAUCAGUGUUCCAUCACUGGCAGAUCGUUCCCGGAGAUCCUCUGGACAAGUCAAUUGUGAUCCGACCGCUGGAACCGCAACCGGCGCCACAUUUGGCCCGAGAAUUCAUGAUUAAAACUCGACGUCGAAAAGGUCUGAGCGAAGACGUGAGCAUCAAUAAGUUCUUCGACGACCCUAUGCUUCUGGAGUUGGCCCGACAGGACGUCACUCUCUCCUAUCCAUUAUAAGUGAAUCACGCAUUACUUCUCUAAUCCUAUAUUAGUUUAUUUUUUCGUGUUUUAUUUCUAUCAUAUC